AUGAAUUCAAAGAUGUUUACCACUCCAAGACCACGUCCGCAGUUUGCAAACUCGUCAACACUGGGCCUAGACUUUGACCAGAAGCCAAUCUCCUCAAUUUCAUCAUCUACAACCACAACACCUUCAACAUCAGCUUCAAAAUCCAUAUCUACACCCAACAUAACAUCCAUUAUAGAUGGAACUUCCACAUUUGUCGCAGAUCAAAACUACUUUGAUGAGAUCUCUAGUAUGAUUGAUAAUUCUCAUCUAGAUACUCCUCAAACAUGUAGACUUGGGAGCGCUCCCCAUCUUCUUAGAAUCCCUAAACAAGGAAUUGGAAGUGCGGGAUGUGGCUCCAUACACAGUGUUGUAAGUCAGACAAACUGUCCUAUUGACAACAGCAGUAAGAUCCUUUUAGCCAAAGAACAACAUUCUGGUGUAAAGGAACAUCAGAUUAGUGGGGCACAUUCAACCGGUACUGUAGGUGGGGCCGCAAUGAUGAAUAUUUUUUCCUCUCCAAGGUCAUUUGCCUGUACCCUUUCCUCCACUAGGUCAACUUCUGCACCAUAUACUCCUACUGUUGUAGAUGAGUGCUCACCCCCGUGUAGCCUCCCAGCACCACCAGGAUCUGACCCUUUUACAAUCUCGGGGUUUGGACCUGAAUCUAGAUCUACCGACCCAAUGUCAGGUGACUUUUCAGCCCCACUUCUUAAUUACCUCAAUGAUGGACUCAAUUCUAAUUCCUGGGGAGGUUUCCUCCCUUACUCAAAGAUCACUGACUACUGUUUUGAAAACUCCCCAGAUAGCAAUAUUUUAAACAGCAAUAGUAACAGUAAUAGUAGUAGUGGUUGUGGUAGUAAUAACAAUAACAGUGGUAGUAAUGUGAACAACAGCAGUAACAAUGGAAACAUUAACAUCAAUAGUCAUGCUCAUAAUCACAACAGUAAUCAUGGAGGUUCUGCCACAACCUCCACGCCUUCCUCAGUCAUUGGUGGCAACAUCAACACUAGUAAAUGGGGUGGAAGUGUUUUAUCCAAACCUAACUGUGUUGCUACACCUGGAUCUGGGAACAAAACUGCCUCAUCCUCCUCUCCGCCUGCCCUAUUAUUAUCACCGUCGUCAUUAUCAUCCAAAGCUAAUGAACUUCUGGACUCCAUCCUUAUGGGAAUUAUCAAAGAAAAUGGGCACGCCGGCAACGUUUUUGAACAAGCAUCCCAACUUAUCAACUCCACUGCCGUUCUACUUACGACUAGAUUUAAUAAAGAACUUCCGAGUUUACAACCCCUUUCUAAUAAUAAUCCUGUAGCACCUUCCAAUUCACCAAACACCAGCACAGGAGGCGGGAACUGGAGCCCUACUACUCUUGGUGUAGGAGGACCCAACUUCGCUGCACCAACUAUGCUGGCUCAUCCCGAUGAAUUCAAGAACCCCUCGUCCUUCCUUAAAAUUUACGGAGACCCCCUCUGUGGAAAACAGCCUUCAAACGGGAACCCAAAUCCUCCUUCUUUAGGAAAUAUGGGCGCGCAACCUCACGAUUACCCGGCGGGCAAUGUUGGGGCGGGCUUUCCUAAUGUCAAUCCCAUGAAAGGACAAAACGGAAAUUGGGCAUGUUGUAAGUGCAGCAACGUAAACUUCCCGCGUCGUUUUAGAUGUUUCAAAUGUGGAGAAUACCGAGAUGAAGUUGGGGAUAAGAUUGUUGCAGAAUAUGCUAAACACGUCUAUUUACACCACCUCAAGGCUUAUAGAUCUUUUAACAAUGGUAAUACUAGUGUGAAUAGUGGUUCUGGUAGUAAUAGUGGCCCACAGUCAGCCUUGAGUUUGGGUUCUGGUAGAACUGGGGUAAGCAUGAGUAUUCCCUCAAGCUUUAAUGAAAGCCUACAACCAGUAUUUAUUCAAAGAAGUAACAGUAAUAAUGGUUUCAUUGCCACCACACCACCAUCAAAUAUGAACUAUAUUGACUCAAAUGGAGCUAAUAACGGCUCUAAGCAGCAGUGUAACUCCAUUUGCGCUGAUGGAAUAAAUAAUAAUAGUAGUAGCAGCACUUGUUCCACAAGUCCUUCAACCAGUGUCUCCCCAGUGGGUUCAGGUUCAAUGGCCUGCCAAACAACUAAGAAAUCUUCGAAGAUUUUGACAGUAGGCCUGUAG